AUGUCCAAGUGUUCUUUUGGACAGAGAAAGAUUGAAUAUCUGGGCCACAUAGUCUCGGAAAAAGGAGUAGAGAUGGAUGGAAGGAAGAUUCAGGCUAUACGACAAUGGCCCAGUCCAAAAAACGUGACACAACUAAAGGGAUUCCUGGGAUUGAGUGGAUAUUAUAGAAGAUUCAUAAAAGGGUAUGCCAAUAUAGCCGACCCAUUAACUCGUUUGUUAGCCAAAGAUGCUUUCAAGUGGGAUGAUCAAGCUCAAUCUGCCUUUGAGAGGCUCAAAGAUGUUUUGACUGAGGCUCCAAUUUUGACUCUACAGGAUUUCUCAAAAUCCUUUAUACUCGAAACUGAUGCCUUUGGAGUGGGUAUAGGAGCCGUGCUUAGCUAA